GAAGUGAGCCUCCAUUAAUCCGAAGAAGAAGAAAAUUCGCUUCGUGUACUUCCGUGUAGCAAAAUGGCUCAAGGUGCAAAGAAAUUUAAAGCUCAGCGUCCAGGGUCGUCCAAAAAACAUCAACAGAACAAGCAGAAAGGACCGAAGAAAGGAGGGAGGAUCAUUGCACCAAAGAAGACUCACGUGGUUCAGCAACAGAAGCUGAAGAAGGGUCUUGAGGUCGCCAUCAGGAACAAGAUUGAGCAGGAGGUGACCCAGAAGGCCAGCUCGUCCCUCCACAAGCCACUGAGUGUGAUUAAAGGGCCUGAAGGUAAAGGAAACCCAGGAGCAGCCCGACCUGGAACCAGCAACAAAUAGCACUCAACUGUAUCACCUGAAUCUCAUGGUGCUGUGAUAUAAUAUAAUAGAAUGGACUGGGAGUGUUAAAGAGCUUCACUUCAUUUCAGAUGUCACCUGUUCUGUUAUUUUGGAUUUCCUGAUGUUUCACUUGACUUCAGGAAAACAAAUAAUCUGAACUAUUCCCUCAACGUUGCUUGUGUAAGAAGUUAAGCAAAAGCAUUUGAAUAUUAUGGACAUUUCAGAAGGACUUUAUACUAUUUAAGAGAUGAACAGAAUUGACUUAAGAAAUGGUGUUGAUGUGAUGAUGCUCAGAUGUUAUUUUUGUAAGUCCAUAAGCAGGUUGUGUCAUUCUGUCAGAAUAUUGUAUAGUCAUUACUGUAUAGGAAAUAAAUGGUGAAGUGAGAAUAAAACUGGCUUCAUAUAAUAAAGAAGUGCUAGAACUA